AUGCCCCAUGUCUUCCUGGUCAGGAGUAGGCGUCUGCAAACACCUAAUUGGGACUACCUGACUGACCAACUCUGGGGAGAUGCCUAUGUCCCAGACUGCAGCAGCCUGAAGGGGCCACCAGCACACCAAUCUUCCAACCUUGGGGAGUCUUGGGCAGCAGGUGGGCAGCCCUUAGGGAUCUCUGUCCUGUGGGGCAGAAUUCCAGCCAACAAGUGGAUAGUGAUUUGUUGUGGUAAGGGCUUUCACAACACCUUUGCUCACAUGAGGCUUCACACCAGGAUCCAUCCAUUCCACUGCAGAGUUUGUGGGAAAGCAUUUACAUAGCACUGAUAGCUUGAAACGCAUCUUGCCAAGGUGCACGGCGGGUCACAGCCAGCUACGCUUACUGCUUACCGUGAGCUCCGUGAGAAGUUACAUGUGUGCACGAUCUGUGGCUUCACCAGUUCGAGGCACACUUUCGCGCAGCACUGGGCCCUGCACCGCGCUGCUUGA